AUGACAACCUUGAAUUUUCUUGAAGAAUGCAAGAAACUCGGCAAGAAAGGCAAAGUUGCCUUGAUCGAGGCCGGCAAGGAGGGAGAACGAUGUGGCGCAAGCAGAUGGACCAUGGCGUAUCUCAGAUUGGACAAAGGUUUGCCUCGAGUGCAACAUGGACGUGUCAGCAAUGGUCUCGCCGACCAAGAGUACUGCGCAAAGAUGGAGAAAGAAGUGCCAAUAACGGCACAGUAUCUGCUUGAUCAUGGAGUCAAACUCAACCAUCAUGAUGAGAAGAAUGUGCUUCUAGAGUUCAAUACCAAUCAACAUUUCGUCUUUCCUGAGGGCGGCGGACAUGCCAUAGUCAAUGCAUUGUUCGACCACAUUCGGACAUUCGACGGCGCCAAUAUCAUGUGGGAGACACAAGCCGAACACCUCCUGACAGAAGACAACGGUACUGUCUGCGGAGUCCAAGUUCGAAAGUCCGAUGGCCUCUUGACAAAGGUCCGCAGCAAAAAGGUCAUGCUGGCUUGUGGAGGGUUCGAAGGCAAUCGCGAAAUGCUGGGCAAAUAUGUCGGACCACGGACCGAGCACCUCGAACUCAUUGCUCCAGGGUUGAAGUACAACACAGGUUUUGGCCUGAAGAUGGGUUUGGAAGUCGGAGCGGCGGUAGCAGGGUCAAUGAGUGGAAUGCACUGCGAAUUGGUCGAUACGAGAGCCACCAAACCCGACGCUGUCAUCUGGGGACACAACUAUGGUAUCGUCGUUAACAAGAACUGCAAGAGAUUCUAUGACGAAGGAAAGAGACAUCUUUUCUCGACCUUUGAAAUGAUCGCACUUGAGACGUGGAGGGAUCAAAAUCAACAAUCAUAUUUCAUCACCGACAAGACAAUCAUGGACCGGUUCCGUCCAGGGUGGGUUUACGACACGACUGACAAGGAACCAGAGCAAAGCGACACGAUCGAAGGUCUAGCCGAGAAACUUGGGCUAGAUCCAAAGGAAUUGAAAAAGACCGUGGACGAAUUCAAUGCAGCGAUCAACAAAAACGAAUUCGAUCUCAUGAAGUUGGAUGGUAAACGUACAACAGGAUUGUCUCCCGACAAGACGAAUUGGGCACAACCCAUCGACGCGCCUCCAUUUUACGGAUAUCCCAUGAAGGCUCAGUUGACAUUUACAUACGGCGGGUUGAAGUGCGACCUUGACUCUCGAGUCUUGUCGACGACUGGGGUUCCUAUUCCAGGACUCUAUGCAUCUGGUGAAUUGAGUGGACUAUUUUAUAACGAGUGUGAGUACAAGAGUCUACUGAAUACGCUAUAUCAACAGCAUACCACAUAUGCCCUUUUGCGUCACGACGACGAGUAAAAUUCGAGUACGAGUACCGUCAGUAUACAUACCUGACAUCCGUUCUCGAAUACAGACCCACCGGCAACGAGCGUCCUACGAUCCCUCACCUUUGGUCGUAUCGCUGGAAAGGAUGCCGCACAGGCACUUUGAUCGAGAGCUCCGAGGGAGAAAACUGCCGGGGAACCCUUCUUUUUAACUAUUACAAACCUACAAUACAUUCCCCAAAUACACACCAACGGCUCGUCGUGUUAUCAAAGGCACGUUUUGUUACCGACACAUCGGAAAUCAAAAUACAACAAGUCCCAGCCAUCUCUGUAGGUCAAGAGAGGUGGUCGAAAAUGAAAGUGGCAAGGGGAAAAUAUGGAGGGCCAACCGGGGGAAAAAAGCAAAAGAAACAAAACUGCCCACAGUCUCC